CGGGACAUAGCAAGUCAUGCGUAGCGUAGACGUACGUCUUUGAACUAUUAUCUAACAAAAGAGACCGAAUAAAUAAUAAGGUCCUAAUCAGUCAUGAUUUCAUUUUGCCCACUUCGCCUGCUCUGAGCUGUGUUUCCAAUAAAAAUCAAAUCAACCCAUUCUUUUGAGAAUGUUUAAUUGGUGACUGCACACAUAACAAGCCUUCAUAUCAAAUGUAAGUCGUUUAUUGCUCUUACGAUACUUGAAGUUACAUUUUAUUCAUACCACAGAGUGAAAUUUAAUAGAAUUUCCUUCUAUCAUGACAUUGUGUAAAUGUUGGGAACAUGCCUUAAACUUGUCUAACAUUUCUGUAUAUUAUUCCUACCUAUAAGUAAUCAAAGAAGAAGUCUUUUAUUGACGGACCGUUAUAUAAAAAAAUAUUAAUAUCGUUACGAUAGCAUGUAAAAUAUUGUAAUAACAGAAGUGGGUCUAAAUAUAUAUCUACAAUAUCUCAUAGAAGAAAAAGGACCCACGAUUUACAUCUUCCCACCAGCACAUUCAAUGUAAGACACAAAUUUGUCAUCUGCCUAACGACAGUUUCAAUGUAAAUCACAAACAUUUACAUCUGCCCGACAACACACUCAAUGUUGGACACAAAUACGUACAGCAGCCCAACAACACAUUUAAUGUAGGACUCAAAUAUAUAGAACUUUAAAAAAAUGAUGGUUUUACAAAAUAUAAAAUGUAUAAAGAAACAUGCUGCAAUGAAAGCAUCGUCAAAUGGAUCAAUGUUGUAGAUAAUUUGUUCCUCUAAACUUCUAAUAAUACUCUUUUCUUCAUCCUCCUUUCAUCAUCCAAAAUAUAUAAUCGAAUUGUUUCAGAUCUGUAUUGCUAUUUCAUUUCUACACAACCUUCUGUCUAUCCAUCUUUAAAACAAAAACAUCUCACCGACUUUUCUGAACCCUUGUCAUAUUCGUUGUCCCCUUCUCUACAUAACAACAUAUUUUAUCUCUACAGAACAUAUUUUGGGACUUAAUUCCAAAGAUAAUGUAAGGGUGGACGGUGUUCAAAUCAUGUAAAUGAUUAAAUAGUGGAACAUUAUGUUAGAUUUGAAACAAAAAAGAACAAUCAGAAGAACGUUUCGGCUAAAUGCCUUCUUGUGCAGACAAUAACGUCCACAUAAGCGUGUGUUUGUGGGCUGUAAAAUUUUGGACACAAAAAUUGAUUCUGUAAAACUUUGCACACAACUGUAUGAUUUAGCACACGAACCAGGAAACAUUAGAGGGAACAUUGCUCCUGAUGUUUGCUUUGAUGAUCACGGGGCAGGUUGUAUUUUUUUGUAUCACAUCCACUGUUUCGAGGCAAAUCACACACAAUGCUAUCUCGCCGGAUUUGAUGAAGAAGUAUUUCAAACUCCAUUCUUCUUGGAAUUGCCUACACUCAUUGUCUAUUUUUCUUUUCCUCUUCUCGGCCAUCGCAGGCCACUAAAAGAAAGUGAAUUCAACAUGAAUAAAUAGUGAAACUUAAAGUAUCUUCCACACAAUAAUCGCUCAAAAACCUGAUUAUGAGAACUAAUUUCGCGAAUCUCAGACAAAACUAAGUCGAUAAUAUUAUGCAAUGGGCGCCCACCGGAGCCACUCUAUAAACUUAAAUGUAAUAUAGUUAUAGCAGUGCAUUUAGUUGUAUUAUAUUUCGUGUCCGAAAAAUAAUUACGUAGGAACUUACUGUUUACAAUAAAAAUGUAAUCGACAAUGUUCCAGAAAUGUCUAUAUUUUUCUACGGGGUUAUAUAAUGGGAUCUUCAAGCUUUUUGCAAUGUUACAAGAUCAAAAGUAAACUGAAUUCUCUGGUAACGUGAUCCCAUCGCGUAAUGAUAUGAAACGGGCUGAGGAUCCUAGCGGUGUCGGGUUCCAAAAGGCAUCGGGAUAUCGACAAGAUCGGAAAUUCCUCUGUAUCGGGAUCCCUGCUGUAUCAGGAUCAAUCUGGGAUCGGAUACCACCCGGAUCGAAAUAGCGACGGUAUAAAGAUCUCGACCGAAUUGAUAUCCAGAGGGAUCAUGAUCCCACCAGAAACGGGAUCCUAACGGGAUCAGGACACUAACGGGAUCAAAAUUCUACUGUGAUCAAGAUCCUAUAAGGAAACUUGAUCCUAUCGUGAUCGGCAUCCAACCGGGAUUGGGAACCCACCAGGAUCGGAAGCCUAAAAUAACUAUAUAAAUAUUAAAAGGCUUAGACAACACUAUAAGUUCUAUGCGAAUUGAUGGAUCCAGGCCUAGCAAGGUAGCAAUACAUUUCAUAGUCCCAAUUGAAAUGUCAUUGGAUUUUAAACUAAAAAUAUCCAAUCUAGAAUUUUCCAGAAAGUUCGAUAAUUUUAAAACUUUAAAUUUCACGCCAUAAUUUAUCCGACUGAUUUUUAUAGGACCGUUAUCUCAGGCAAAUCUAUUUUUUCUGUAUCAUCAUGGAACUGACACCCGUUGGGGCCCUCUUUCAACUUAAAUGAACUAUAGUUACAGAUCUGCAUUUGGUGGUAGAAUUUUUGGUAUUUGAAAAACAAUUACUUAGAAAAGUCAUUUUUACAUAGGUAUUUACAUACAUUCAUGGGGAUGUUCUUUUAACACACCCUUCAUAAUACUACCGGGAAAAAAUCCAAUUGGGAACAUGAUCCCAACGAGGAAUAUGAUCUUAAAGGGGAACAUGUAAAUGGAACUCACCGGUAACGAGAUUCCUUUGUGUAACUGGAUCAAAUAGGGAACCUAUCGUCAAACGGGAUCCCAUCGGAGAGGUGGAUCCCACCUGUAAACGGGAACCCACAGAGAACGAGACCCUAACGGGAUGGGGAUCCCACCUGAAAGCAGGAUCCCACCGAAACCAUUGAGAUCGGGAUCUGAUCGGUAUUGGGAUUCCAACAGGAUCAGUAUCCCACUGGUAUUGGGAUCCCACCGGGAAACAGGAUUCUGACGGGGUCGGGAAACCGAAAAGGGUCGUGAUCUCACAGGGAUCGUAAUCCACCAGGAUACACUACAAUCAUGAAACUAAUGUGAUCGGGAUUUUAACGGGAUCGGGAUGCACCGGGAUCGGGUUGGGUAACCAAAUGGUAUCGGGAUUUCACAGGGAUGGGGAUCCCAACAGGAUCGGGAUUACUCCGGAUACCGGGAUGCAAUUGACAAAUUGAAUCAUUCGGGAAAAUGAAUCCGAUUGGAUUCCUCCGAGAUCAGGAUCCCAUCGGGGAACGAAAGGUUUACAAAACUUAUUAUAAUGUUCUUUUUAUAGGAGACAAAGUAAAUCUUUUUCUACUCAAGGUUUAUUGAAAUUUAUUUUUACAUGGCGCUUAAUUUCAAUGUUAGUUAAAAGUCUGUAGAGGCUGUUGUUUUCCCAAAUGCAAUACUGGGCAACGCCGUGUAUAUUGGCUUGUAAUAAUACAAUGAUUAUUUAAGGUAUACUUGAAUGCCUUUAAUUUAAACCAAAAAAAAUCACACAUUGACCUAAAUACUUAAACUACAAUCAUUUUAAAAUGAUAAUUCCUUUUAAAAUAAUAAUAAUAGUAUACAUUAACAAAGAUGAUUGAUAGAUUUGUGACAACUCCUUUUAUUAAGAUUCAGGCAUUUCAGCUCUGGUAAAUUAAAAUAAAAAAUCGGAUGUCAUAAUUUUGAUGUCACUAUUGUAUAAAAGUCUCUCCACCAUCAUAAUAAGAUAAAAAUGUCACUUAAUCCAUACAUAUUAUAUUAAUUUAUUUACAUAUUUUAAAUAUAUACAUAUAUAAUGAUAUAAGAUCAAAUAAAUAAUCUUAAAAUACAAACUAAUUUAUUUUUUACUUUGAAUAACAUGACCAACAAAUAAAUAUAAAACAUUUAAAUAUAAUGUUUCAGGACGUAACACAGCGGAACCACAUAGAGAAAAGAAUUUAUCUAAAUCUUAUACCGUAGGACCAAUUCAAAAAGGGAAGUCAUCUGAAUCUGAAAUGGAAGUAAAAAGUGCAAAAACAAAGAAGUCAUCCAAUAUGGCAGUAGCCAGUUCAAAUGAAAAGAAGCCUUCUAUAUCUAAUAAAGCAGGACCUAGUGCACCCCUUAAAGGUAUCGGUAUGCCUUGUUGAAAAUGAAGUUUAUAAUUUCUAUGUUUAUUUUGUGUGUGAACAUUUGGUUUUAUACAAUUCUAUUAAAAUUAAUAAUAAUAUAUAACAAUACAAAGAUGAUUGAUAGAUUUGUGUCAACUCCUUUCAUUAGGAUUCAAGCAUUUCAGCUCUGGUAAAUAAAAAAAAAUCGGAUGUCAUAAUUUUGAUGUGACUAUUUAAUAAAAGUCUCUCCACCAUCAUAAUCCAUACAUUUUAUAUUAAUUAAUUUAUUUAUUAUAUAUUUAUAUACAUAUAUAAUACUAUAACAUCAAAUAAAUAAUCUUAAAAUGCAAACUAAAUUAUUUUUUACUUUAAAUAACAGGACCAACGAAUAAAUAUAAAGCAUUUAAAUAUGUUUCAGCACCUAACACAUUGGAACCACAUAGAGAAAAGAAUUUAUCUAAAUCUUAUACCGUAGGACCUAUUCAAAAAGAGAAGUCAUCUGAAUCUGAAAUGGCUGGAACUAGUGCAAAAGAAAAGAAGUCAUCCAAUAUGGCAGUACCCAGUUUAAAUGAAAAGAAGCCUUCUAAAUCUAAUAAAGCAGGACCUAGUGCACCCCUUAAAGGUAUCGGUAUGCCUUGUUGAAAAUGAAGUUUAUAAUGUCUAUGUUUAUUUUGUGUGUUUAUUCAAUUCUAUACCAGAUUUGUGAAGUAAAAUAAUUCUUUUACACUUCUUGGUACAUGCCUAAUUCUGUGGAAACAGAUAUAAAAACGUGUGUUGGUAAGUAGAAUGCUACUAUUAGCCACAACGUUUCACCAGUUCCAACGGCUGCAGUUUGUUAAACGCGAUAUGUGUGAAAAUCAUUCCACUUAAUUCAAGGAGAGAUAUUUCUUCGGUAAAUAUUACAAUCUAUAUCAGGGGUCUCAAACUCGCGGCCUGCGGGCCAUUUGCGGCCCACAAGACGAUAUUUUGUGUCCCGCUCCAUGACAGCAAAUUUUAGUGUUAAUGCGGCUCGCGCGUUUUCCCCAUUCUUAUAUCGAUAAAGUGACCCCCCGCGACGGUUUCAGUCGAAUCUCACCGACUAGUCUUAUUCUGAUUUUUAUCAUGUUUGUAUAGAUUUGCGCUUUGAUUAUAAUGGUAAAAUCGUUUUAAAAUCGGUCUACAAGUUUUUAUUUUUAUUUUAUAGCAUUUUAUGAGACAAACAUGUCCAUGGUGCGGUUUAAUGAAAAGUUUAAAAAAGUCAGGCAGUUGGAAGUGCAAAACCAUAGUUGUGUAAAUCGUAGCAAUCUGACACAGCAUAAGAAACCCUCAUACAUCUGCCACUAGUGUUUACGAGUGAGGGAAAUUCCGAGUCUGUCAGCUUGGUCACUUUCAAAAUAGAGUUAUUCUAAAGGGCUUUUUGUACUAUACAAAAUCAAAAUUUGAUCUCCCUACAAUAACAUUUUCCUUCGCAUCAAUAAUUCAUAAAUACUGCCCGCUCCUGCCUACUGUUUGAACACGUUUAGUCAUGUAAAGUCUUCAUGGAGAUGGAUAGGGUGGUUAUUCCUGUACUUGGUGAUCCCAAAUGUUUAUGGAAUUGGCUUUUCUUGUUGACAGGAGCUAAAUGCACUCAAAAAGAAGUUACAAGAGCAAGGAUAACUUUUCAGUGUUGCCUAUGACAAUGUCAGAGCAUUCUGCGCAAAAAUUGUGCUUGCUUCCGGUUCACAAGCGCCUGACAGGCUGCGUUGGGCCGAGUGGUCGAUUUGUCUAAACUGAGCAAAUCUCAAUUUGGUGGUCGGGAGUUCAAUUCCAUCCAAAAUCCCAGUCAAGCAGAAAAACCUCACCAGCACCCCGGAUAGAUGGUACUCGUUAACCUUGGUCGGCAACUCAUCUAAGAGAAGGAAACUCUAAAUUCAAACCCGGAGAUGGCGUCCCCUACAGGCAGCAAACAUCGAAACAAUGAGUCAUUCUGACAAUCCCUGCGACACCCCAGAUGCCAUCACUGAGAGCCGAGAGCGCAGUGAGCAUGCUAAAAAAAGCAUGGAUACUUAGCGCUAUAUAAGUAUUCAAUCAAUCAAUCAAUAUGCUUCUUAGAGAAACCUCUGCCAUUUCCCAACAUUCAAAGUACUCAUGGACUCGGGCACAUCAUUAGGUAGUAAAUAUGCUGAUGUCAUUGCAAAAUAACAAGAGUAAUAGAAUCACAUGUUUUAGACUUCAAAACACACAGAGCCACUUUUCAAAUUUUUGCUGACCCUCUUCUUUAAUGUGGAAGAUUUUGCGCUUCAAAAAAAAAAAAAAACCGACGAACAUCGACUAUUUAUGAGAUUAUUGCCCUCCACCUUCAAUGAGAUUUCCAGGUUGUUCAUGCGGCCCUAGUGUCUUUUUUGGGAGUACAUAUCUGUGUGAAAAGCUCUUUUCCACUACAAAAUUUAACAAGUCAAAAUUCGGGGCCAAACUUACGGAUGAUCAUCUUCAAGCUAUACUGCUCAAAUAAAUAAAUUAUCUGUCCAUGCUUGUGGAUCAUCCUUUUGUAUUAAAUUUGUUUGAUGGAAUCAUUUUCUCUAAAAAUUUUCAAUUUUUUUUUUGAAGUGUUUUAAUAAGGGGUCUUUCAUAUUUUGCAAUAGCAGUUGUAAAGUAUCGUAAAGUGCCUUCCAUUAGUAUCCCGGUAACAACAGGUCAUAACUUUCUCGUAUAUCAGAAUGAGCUGGAAUGACCAAAUAACGCUUGAAACGAAUCGAUUUAAAUAAGUUCGGUUGCUAAAUCAAUAAUACGCAUUUUAUAUUAUUUUACGGUAAUCGAAACAUUUUAAAUAAGAUGCUAAAAACAAAUAUUUCUGCUUAUAUUUGAGUUUCAGUAUAAUAUGUUUUAGUACUAUCAUUAUAUACUAGAAUAAAUGACCCGAUGUUGUCGGGUAAUAAUGGUAUAUCCUAUGCGAUAAUUUGUAACUGCUGUUGAAAAAAUUCUUCACAAUUCAUAACUUAAAAAAUGUAAUAAUAUUUACGUUUCUAACAUCGUUACGUUUUGAGAAUAAUUUAUUUGCUCCAUAUUAUAGGAUUACCCUACUCCUUUUCACGUUCCUAAACUACUUCCCCCCCCUCUAAACAUGACCUUAAUUUACACAGUCCCAAUUAUUACUAAUUAUAUCACUUUUGUCACUAAAUAAGUUAACUGAGGGACAAUUACUACGUUAGAGAAAUAAUUUAGAUUUACCCCUUUUCGUGCCCUUGAAUUACAACUUUUUUUCACUAAAAAUUGUUUAAAAAACCUGCCUUAAAUUUACAACAAAACUCUAUAUAUGAUAAAAAAAUAGUUUAUGUUAUAGGUAUUCGAUAUUUAUUGAUAUCUUCAGCAAAAAUUUAAACACAUUUUUUGCCUUUUUAAAAAAAAAUUAUAUAUGAUCAGAAAAUCGUAAAACAAAGAAUUCUUUUAUCUAAAGGAAAAUCGCACAACCGUUUUUCACGUCUAUAACAGACUUGAGUGUUGUUGUUGUUUAUAAAUUUAAAUGUUUGAUAUAAUAAAAUACAAAUCUAUUUUCUUUUUGCAAAGUAAAAACAAAAACGUAUUUUAAUUUUUUGAAAGUAAAUAUUAACCCAUCACUAUUUUUUAAAAUUAUUUUUUUAAGUGUGUAAAAUGAUUGGGUUUUGAUAUUCAUUGGUAAACUAUAUAAAUGUACCCAAGAUUUGUUAACGACGUUGAUGUUCUUAAUUGGUAAACAUAAGUAUAUUUGUAAAAAGAGAGAGUAACAUCUCUUUUUUCACCUAUGUAAUACCAUAGGAGUUAACUAUGUUGUCAUCCACGUAAAAAUGUACACAUUUUAUUUCCUACCUCCGACAUGUAUUUACCCAAGAAAAUUAAUUAUUUAUCAAAAUAAUUCCUUUAUUUUGAGACGCAUAUCUGCCUUGGGCAAAAUAAACAUACCCAUAUUUGUUAAAAGGGAAUGUAGAAUCUCUUUUUCCCAAAUGUAAUACCAUAGGAUUUAAAUAUAUUGUCAUCCACGUGAAAAUGUGCAUAUCCUAUUUCCUACCUCUGAAAUGUAUGUUCCUAAAAAGGUUAAUUAUUUAUCACAUUCAUUACUUUAUUUUGAGACGUAUCUUGUGCUGCCUGGGGCAAAGUAACCAACCCCUCCCCCACCCAGAUUUAAAUAAAUUUAGAAAAAUCUUCUACUUGUUUGAUUUGAUCUUUAUAUCGCACUGAUAUCUAUUCCACUUUAGCAUGCUCACUGCGCUCUGGCCUCCGAAAUCUAUUGAAACAAAAAAGUUGUAAAUUGUUUCUUAAAUGAUUUUUUAUCACUUAAUAUUCCCCUCAAAUAUUGAGGCAAUCUGUUCCAUAAUUUUGGCGCUAUCGCUUCAAAAGAGCGCACUCCGUAAGACUUUUUUCUGUGUUCAUCCAAUCUAGGAACACUCAGUAAGUACUGUGUUGAAAAUAUCAAUUUAUUUGGUGCCCUAUUUGGACAGAUUCUAACAUGUAAAUUGUGCAACUUGCAAUACGUGAAAUAUAAUUGUAUUGUAAUAAAUGAGAAACAAUAUCGGUGGUCAAAUUAAAAAUAAAAAAAAUUCCUGCUAUAGUCAAUAUCGACACACUAAAUGUAAAAUACACAUUAUCAACAAUGAAACAAUACUAUUUCUUCUUCUUUCUCUUUCUGCCUUUUUUACCUGGUAUAUUUGACCGAUCGCCGAAAGGUGGGAGGUCUGUUAGAGGUUCAAUUUUGUGAAUAUACUCCUGAUAAACAUGUUUAAAAAAUAUAUAUAUAUAUCCUCUUCAAAACAGAACUAAUUGACGCCAAGGAAGCAGAUAGUAAAGAGCCACAACUUAAAUAUGAGAGACGUAAAAGUACUACUCUUGAAACCGCAUUGAAAGAGCAUUUACCUUUCACUAAAAGAAGUAUGUUCUUAUUCUUUCUUUUUAUCAACCAAAUGCAUGUGUUGUUUGUAAAAAUUAUCAAUGCCGAAACUUUGUGAAGUAAAACAAUUUUUUUUUCUAAGUCCUGGAAUACAUCUCAGAACUUGGCACAUUAAUAUAUAUAUAUAUAUAUAUAUAUAUAUAUAUAUAUAUAUAUAUAUAUAUAUAUAUAUAUUUCGUGAUAAGAUAAGAUGCGAUUCUUUCGUCUUCGUGCGACGAUUAAGUAGCUAUGUAGUCUUACACUUCGACGAGUGGCUCACUAGGCCAAUUGAUAGAAUGACGAUCUCGACUGCAUUUUUCGCAGGAGAAUAUUGAUUCCUGGGUAAGAUUUUGACUUUCGAAUUGAUCUUUAUGUUGCAUGGGUCUCGUUUUGCGUAUCUUCUGCCUUUAUUACUCCCUCGUACUCUGCUGUUCGCCAGCUGGAACGUUGUUCGGCAAAUAGCUCCCAUUCGUUGUUUUCAAUAUUGCUUCCUUCAUGGCCCUUUUGCAAACGUCCAUAAAUCUCAGACGUGGCCGUCCAAUAAGUCUUGUCCCUUCUGCCAACUCUCCAUGAGGCAGCAUCUUUGGGAUACGGCCUUCCUUCAUUUUACUUACAUGACCUUACCAGCGAAUGCGCCUCUUGUUAAAAAAGGAGAAUAUGCUGAACAUGUGUGCAAGUUCCAAGUUAGGCACCUUGUAAUUCCAUCGUAUGCGUAAAAUGCGACGCAGACAUCUUUGAUGGACGUUGUUGAGUUUCCGCUCCUGACUGGUGUAUGUCGUCCACACUUCGCUACCAUAUAGGAGCGUGCUAAGCACACUUGCCUGAUAGACACUCAUUUUUGUUUUUUUCAGUUAGAUUGAGAUUAUUUCACACCCGCUUAUUCAGUCUAGCCAUAGUUGCUGCUGUUUUUUUUUUUUUUUUUUUUUUUUUUUUUUUCUUUUUUUUUUUUUUUCUUUUUUUUUUGUUUUUUUUUCUCUUUUUUUUUUUUUUUUUUCUUUUUUUUUUUUUUUUUUUUUUUUUUUUUUUUUUUUUGCAAUCCUUAUGUUUAUCUAUUCAUCAACGCAGAGCGAACUAAAAAUAUUGGAUCAAAGGUAUGUGAAAUGCUUAACAACGGAAAGAUUAUGACCCUCAAUAGAUAUGAUUGAAGGGGCCGGUGCUUCUUGCCUCAUUACACGUGUUUCUGUAGACUAAUCGAAAGUCCAAACUCUUUACAAGCGUGUGAUAGACGAUUCACCAGCCCAUGCAGACCUUCUUCUGUGUGAUAUGUUAAGGCGGCAUCGUCAGCGAAAAGCAUCUUUUUUUACUUUGGUCUUUGCACGAAGGCGGGUGAUAUUGAAAAGCCUACCAUUAGAUCUGGUAUGGACUUGCACUCCAUUUUCACAGUCCCUGAAGGCAACUUGAAGGAGCAUCGAAAAGAAAAUUGAAAAGAGCGUUGGUGCCAGUACACAACCCUGUUUUACUCCACUGCUAACUGGAAAUGACUCAGAGACAGUGCCAUUGAAAGUUAAUGUGCUGUGCAUGUUUUUGUGAAAUGACUGUAUUAUUGUGAGCAGUCGUGGGGGACAACCUAUUCUUUGCAGGAUUCUGAAAAGGCCACUUCGACUUACCAAGUCAAAUGCCUUGGUCAGGUCUAUGAAGGCAAUAUAAAGAGGCAUAUGCUGUUCGCGACAUUUCUCCUGCAUUUGGCGUAGCGAAAAUAUCAUGUCUAUUGUUGAGCGCCCACUCCUGAAGCCACACUGGGACUCUGGGUAGAUGCGGUUCGCAAGGCUCUGCAAUCGUUAAAGGGAAACCCGGGCAAAAGUCUUUCCAACUAAUUCAAGGAGAGAUAUACCUCGGUAGCCAUUGCAAUCACUUCAGCCCCCUUUAUUCGAUGUUACAAUGUUAGCGUCUCUUAUGUCCUGGGGAAUGUGACCUGUUUCACAACACAGACAGAGGAGCCCAUUUAAGUGCUGAAGUAGAACAGGUUUUCCAUUUUUGAGGACUUCCACUGGAAUGCCGUCAAUUCCUGGUGUCUUCCCAUCAACAAGGUAAUCAAUGGCUUUUCGAGCUCCUGUUAAGUUGCAAUUUUUUGGGCUUUAGUCGUAUCUUGCUUGCUACAAGAGAAUGGUCCGUGUCACAGUCGGCACUAUGGUAGCUGAGGGUGUGAAGAACACUGGCUAGCUCCACGCGUCUAGUGAUGACGAGAUCUAGCUGGUGCCAGUGGCGGGAACGUGGGUGUCAAAAUGUCACCUUUUGGAUUUGUUUACAUUUGAAGAAGGUGUUGGUAACACAGAGACCAUGGGAGCAGCACAGCUCCAGCAGACGUUGUCCGUUAUCAUUAAUCCUUCCUAGUCCGUGAUAACCAAGACAUGGAGGCCAGGCUUCCUGAUUAGCUUCUACCCUAGCAUUAAAGUCUCCCAGGAUGUACAAUGCUUCAUUUUGGGAACACGUGCAAAUUCUUGGUCCAGGGUCUCAUAGAAAAAUAUUUCUCUCCUGGAGUCCAAUGAAGAGUUGGAGCAUACACACUGAAUACGUUGACCUUGCCUGCAGAUGAUGACAUCUGCUGUCACAUAAUCCUCUCCGAUCUUAUUGAAGGAGGUUUAAUACAGGCCAAUUAUGUGUUUUUUUAUGGUGAAUCCUACACCAUGCCGCGUAGGUUCAUCUGCGGGGUUCCCCUGCCAGUAGAAUGUGUAGCCGGCUUCCUUUAUGGUAUUACUAUCCGCUAGUCGGGUCUCUUGAAGGUCUGCAAUGUCAAUGUUUAGCCUGGCGAGUUCUUGUCAAUGACGGCAGUCUUCCUUGCCUUGACAAUCUGUUCAAUGUCGAUGUCAAAUCCAGGACACGUGGUUCUCACAUUCCACGUUGCGAGGCGAAGUUUUUGAGUCUUCCUUCUAUUUAAUUUCUUUUCCUAACAAAACAAACUUGCUCCUCGUAAAGUGACGUCACUAGUACAGCUACUUAGCCUGGGCAGUGAUUUAUGGAGACCAGAUGUUGCCCAAUGCAGCAGAUGCCCACUCUCCACGCAACCAGUGGACACAAGGAAAUGACAAUUGUCAAUACAGCUUGGCACUAACAGGAGUUGACGCAAUGACAUUGUUAUUGGCAUCAGAUCGACUUCGAGACUCCAUCUCAUGAUUUCAAUGUUUGGGUUAUUAUAUAUAUAUAAUACAAACCAACAUGAUACAGAGUCAUUCGCUCUUUAACUGAAUGGGAAGUUUAUACCUCUACUCAGUAUUAAGCUUUAUCAGCUGGUCUGAUGCACAUUCUUCAGAUAAAACCAAAGAAAUGGCUGUAAAUUUCCAAUUUGGAAAUCUUCUUUUUGCACAUUUUGCAAUUUAAAAACAAUCUCAGUAUUGAUUAAGUGACGAAAAUACUUUCCAUAGAUGUCACCAUUAAUGAUAAGCUUAUGUGGUAUGAUUAUGGAGUAAUUUUAUAAGUAACAAAUCAAUCAAGCCUAUUAAACUAAAAUAUUACCUGCUUGUGUCAGAACUCAACGUUUCCUCAAAUACACUUAUCAACAAUACGAGUAAUAUCACACACUAGAAAAACUACCUUCUGUUGAAGAAUUAUUUGAAGUAACAGUCUUCUCGUCACAGUUACUGAAGGUCAUCUCUAUCCGUGCUAAUAUUUUCAUUCAAAGUAAUGACCAAAAUUUAUAGGUCUUAAAUUAGGUCCCUUGAUCUCACAGAAUUUAGCAGCGGAAUUCCCCAGCGAAAUCACUCUUAAAGUCAAUAUUAUCAUUUCAAAAAUGUGAGAACUUAUUAUUUAUGAUGGGUGACAUUUGCAUUUAAUAAAUAUGUUAAAUGUCAUAUGUUUACAUUUUUCUAUUUUCAUAUAUUAUCUGAACCGGAAUGUUUAUCCAUAUGUUAAAAAUUAAUAUGAUCAUUAUAAUCUAAACACAUUUAUAUUAACUUAAAUCAAUAAAAGAAUCGUAUAUACCAUCGUGUGCAAAAUGUGUAAUAAAUUGAGCAAUUAAAUAUAUUAUUUACCAUGGUUGAUAUUUUAUAUUUAUAUAAUAUUUUCAGAUGGAAAAAUUAGGAGUGUUAUGGUUGCCGUCCACAAGGUUAAAUUUCAGGUAGGUUGAGUAAACAGAAAACAAAAGAAGUACCGUUUUAAAUAUAAUUUAAUGAAAAAAAAUUACUUUUUUCUUUAACAUAUUUCUUAUUUAUUGAAAGUGGCAAGUUAGACUAUAAUAUAUGCUACAAUAUAAACUGAUUUAAGGGAAAACAUAGUAGCUUAAAAGGCUGACAAGCAAGAGAUGCAUAUUAACAGAAAUACAAACAGAUAGAGAGACUAGCAUAACUGACAAGAGACUAGUUAGGUUUAUAAAUAGACAUAGAUUUAUUUCUGUAACCUCGACAUAAUCAAGAAGUUUUUUUUUAAAAGUACGAUUUUGAAAUCUGAAUUAUAGAGAGAAUAUUUUCUUCUAUGACAUAGAGGCUCUAUUAUCUGCUAAAAUUUAUGCAGCAUCACUUUGGUAUUCGUUUUAGAACUGGACAAUAAAUAACACAAGUCUAAUGUUAUAACUUGUCAUUAACAUGUACCCGUGUUCUGAACUGAACAAAAACAACCGUCACUUCCGACCGAUCGAUGGCCUUUCGUCGCCAUGCACCACCCUAUAUUAAAAUUUCGUUCACAUCGUCCGUCUGUCUCAGCUGUGAGCGAUUUAUGAGUCGUACGCCCAUUGGUUUCUGGUGGAACACAAAGUCCACUUAAUCGCCGUCUUGGCUCCUCUUUGUUAAUUAAACGCUAUAGGGAUUUCACUGCUGUGUCUUCCAUAUAGAUAGAUGCAAUACGCAUACGAAAUUUUCUGUGAUGAUUUGAAGAGUUUUUAUCAUUGGAGUUCAUGUCACUGUUUCUUGAGAAUAACGUCCGCCCUAAAGAGGUUGAACUGCUGACAGAAGAUGUAGCCUCUAUUCCUGAGACAAGAGAAAGAAAACGUCGACUGCAAGCCCCUGCCAUGAAAGUCCGAGCAAGAACGCAGUGAUUUAAAACUUCACAAGGAACUAAACAUGAGAAGAAAUCUUAUCUGAAACUGCCUCGAGUAUUCUCUUUAUACCUCUAAUCUACUUCGACGGGUGUACAAGGGAGAUUAGCCAGUUGAGAUAAAACUUUUUAUGUACGUUCCAUGUUAUUAGCCGCGUGUUAGUGCAUAUAUUAUUAAUGUUAUGGGAUAUACUUGGAAGCGUUUUUUUUUCCAAAAGAUUUCCUAUUGAGAACGAUAUUGUACGUCAAAAUCUACUUUGCUAAUAUUAUCGUCUCUUUCUGAGUACUUAACAAGAUUUUCUGAGUAUUAAUUUCGCGAGUAAUUUCUGGCUACAUUAAAUAGAGAAAUUAUAAUAUUUGAUCAACUCUAGUUGCACGUGUCUCCUCAUCUAAAUGUGAUCCAUGGGUUUUAAUAGUUUAUAUAUGAAAUCUCAUUAUUACGUUACACAUUGUAUAUAUUUAGAUUAUAAUUUUGAUUUAAAUAACCAUAAACUCCAUGAGAUAAAUUCUAGUUCUAUUUUUUUUUUUUUUUGUUGACAGGAUGACAACACUCAAAAAUGUGACAAGAAAGAAUGCACAUUCUGCGUGUACCAUGUUGAUUUGAUGUUGGGGAUUAGAACAAAAAAUAAGCCUUCACAUAUAAACAUAAUUUGUGAGGCAACUGAUGUGGUGUAUUUGAUGUAUUGUAUUGCUUGUGAUCAAGUGUGGAUUGAUUUUACAAAACAACAAUUUAAAUAUGUCCGUUUUGGAUUUCCUGGGUAUCAGACAUGUGAAUCUGAGAAGCAUCACAACAUAAGAAAUGUUAGAUACAUGAUGAUCGAUCAUUCUAAGUCUAAGAAGCAAUUAUGGAAGAAGUACUUAGGUUUAAAAAGAUGUGAAACUAAUUUUAUAAAUGAUUCUGCCCUCGAGUUAAAGGGGUGGGACCUCAUGAAACAAUAUCAUUACACGCAUAUUUCUGAAAUAAAGAAGAUUUUAGAGAUAGAUACGAAUGUUGGGACAUUUGAUUACGAUUCUAAAUGUAUUGUUUAUUUGAGCAUAUGUUAUAAUUGUUACAAAAAGUACGUAGGUAAAACGAAACGUACAUUUCUUGAGAGAUAUCCACAAAUUGUUGAUGACGGUAAAAAAAAAAGUUCAGUCUACCAUCAUUACAACAGUGGCGAGUGUGCAGUUAGGCAUUACCGGUGCGCAAUAUUAGCUCGUCUUAGUGAUGGUCAGAUUUUUUUCCUAGGAAAAUGGAAAUAUAUAUUUAACCGUUGUAAAAUUGAAGUUCAGAUGUUGAUAUGGGCUGUGAUGCAUGGAAUUUGUAAUGACCCAAAAAUUUGUAAAGACGCGUUAAUAGAACUUGUGUAUCAAAAUGGCUCAGUAGAGGACGUAAUAAGAUUUGUUGAAACUAUAGAAAUAAAAAGAAAUGUUGAUUUGAAUUACGAAAUAACAGGAAAUAUUGAUUUGAUUUACGAAAUAACAAAAUGUAACUCUGACAAUGAUGACAUAAAAACAUUUUUGAGCAGAGAAAAUAGAAAAUGGAUUGAAAAUACUAAAGAUGCCUUUCUCGAGAAGUGGGAACGUUUUUGGAUGACAGAACUAGACAGCAAGGAAAAUGGUCUUAAUGAAAGAGAAAGUUCUCAAUCAAACAAAAUUUAUCCAAAUUUGUUUAAUAAUUUGUUUGAAAAUAUUCAAUAAACAUACAUUAAACAUAAAUUUAAUUAAAUAAUAUAGUGCAUCGAUUCAAUAGUAAAGUAAAGUCUUUAGUUAUCAAAUAAUUAUCUGAAUUUACAGAUUAUUUUAACUUUUUUUUUCUUUUGACAUAAUUUAAUGUUAAGUAUUUCUGUAUAGAUGUUUUACCAUCUCUGUUUUUUGCUCUUCUUGUAGGUUUUUAAGAUAACAAAAAAUUUCUAAUCUAUAGUUGUAUGGAAGAAAUUUUUAAACGAUUCAUAGUAUGAUGUUCGUAUUUUAAUUAGUUAAUGUUUAAGCUUCCGGUUCAUUGUUCUCCUUACUACAUGGCUACUUCUUAGAUCUUGCCAUAUUUAAUCAUAAUCCUGUUGGGGUUUUUUUUUAAUAAAAGAAGUUUUUUUUUUAAACACAUGUUUGCAGUAGCCUUCGUGGCAUUGAUCGCUUCAGUUAAAACAUUGAACUAUUCCCCUCUCUUGAACCAUUCAUUGUAUUGAAGUUUUUAUUGCAUUUUUAAUGAAUUUAAUGUAAACUUUUUUUGUUCACUUAAUUUUGCAAUAUAUAUACACAGAGUUUUUUUUAAUUACGUUGUACGUAAUUAAUUUCAGGUAAAUUCAUGUUAACCAAGACAAAAUUUUACAAUUACAACAAUUUAAACAUGAAUCAUCUGAAGUAAAAUUUCAACGAUAGUGACAAUAAAUGUGUAAGGAGACUUGGCUCUCUGGUUCUGAAAAACCGCUAAAUUCUGAUGGCGGACCCUGUCACAAAUGAGAUUUUUAGAAAACCUCCUCUUUUCGCUUUCCGGCGGGACAAGAGCCUUAGGGACAUGCUAGUUAGAAGCCACCUCCCUGCUAUUAAAGCACAUAAAGGCACAAAAAGUUGCAACCGUAACCGUUGUAACUCAUGUCCCUACGUGAUCGAAACUGAUAAGAUCACUUUCCCUCUGGAAGUAUUCAGAAUAAAAGAUGGCUUUACCUGCACAAGUCGCAACAUGAUUUACAACACCAUCAUUUGCAAAAAGUGCGGUAAAUUAUACAUAGGAGAGACAGGGGACCGUUUCAGAGAGCACCUCUAUAACAUAAAUAAACACGCUCUCUGUCCGGUCUCCAAACAUUUCAAUAGCCCUAACCAUGAUGGUAUCUCAGACAGUGCAGUUACUGGUAUACUCUAUACUAGUAACACUGCAGAUAUAAUCUAUAUGGAGACCAAAUUAAUAACUAGAUUUGGUACGUUGUCUCCAUAUGGAAUGAACCAAAUCCACAAUUUUACUUAGCUGCCAUGUCUUUUUCAUGUUUGGUUUUUACAAUUAAUUAUGUUAAAAUCACUUCCUUUCUACUUCUCUUUACUUUUUUUCUGUUUUAGGUAGGAUAUGUAUAUUGAUAUUAUGUAAAUUUAAUUUAUACUUAUUUAAAUGUGUUUUGUUUGUUUGUACUGAUGAAGGCAUGUGCCGAAACGUUUAAUUGUGUAUAAUGUAUACUUAUUAUUAAAGCGGAACUUAUAUUGUUCUAUUGACACAAUUUGUUCGUGUCUUAUUAA